AUGUCACAAACUCCAACACCUAUGUUCCAUGAACAAGAAGAUGUCAGAAUCUUGGGUUACGAUCCAUUGGUUUCACCAGCUCUCCUUCAGGCCCAAGUUCCUGCCUCUCAAGAGUGUCUAGAAACUGCGCAAAAGGGUAGAAAAGAGUCAAUUGACAUCAUCACUGGUAAAGACGACAGAGUUCUGGUUGUUGUUGGUCCAUGUUCCAUCCAUGACUUGAAAGAAGCGCAAGACUACGCUAAGGGAUUAAAGGCUUUGUCUGACGAACUAAAAGGUGAUUUAUGUAUUAUAAUGAGAGCUUACUUGGAAAAGCCAAGAACUACUGUUGGUUGGAAAGGUUUGAUCAACGAUCCAGAUGUGGAUAACACUUACAACAUUAACAAGGGUUUGCAAGUCUCUAGACAAUUGUUUGUGAAUUUGACUAGUUUAGGUUUGCCAAUUGGUUCCGAAAUGUUGGACACCAUUUCUCCACAAUACUUGGCCGAUUUGUUGUCCUUCGGUGCCAUUGGUGCCAGAACCACUGAAUCACAAUUGCAUAGAGAACUAGCAUCCGGUUUGUCUUUCCCAGUAGGUUUCAAGAACGGUACCGAUGGUACCUUGGGUGUUGCAUUGGACGCUGUUCAAGCUGCCUCUCACUCUCACCAUUUCAUGGGUGUCACCAAGCACGGUGUCGCUGCUAUUACCACCACCAAGGGUAACGAACACUGUUUCGUCAUUCUAAGAGGUGGUAAGCAAGGUACCAACUACGACAGUGUUUCUGUCGCAGAAGCCAAGAAAGCUCUACCUCCAACCGGUGUUCUAAUGAUUGAUUACUCUCACGGUAAUUCUAAUAAAGACUUCAGAAACCAACCAAAGGUUAACGACGCCGUUUGCGAACAAAUCGCUAACGGUGAAGACAAAAUCAUCGGUGUCAUGAUUGAAUCCCACAUCAACGAAGGUAAGCAAUCUAUUCCAGCGGAAGGUAAAGCUGGUUUGAAAUACGGUGUUUCUAUCACAGAUGGAUGUAUAAGUUUGGAAACAACUGCUGAAGUACUAAGAAAAUUGGCUGCAGCAGUUAGAGCAAGAAGAGAACUAAAAAAGAAGAACACUGAAUAA